AUGCAGCGUCUGUGUGUGUACAUGCUGAUCUUUGCACUGGCUCUGGUCGCCUUCUCUGAAGCUUCUAGGAAGCCCCCCUUCCAGAUGCGGGACAAAUCCUCCGAUCCAGUGGUGAGCCAGGGCUUGGAGCCGCACUGGCCUGAACAGCUGGGCCCAGCCUCUCGUCACCAAAGGCAGCUGGGACCCCAGGACCCCUCACAUCUUGUGCCAGACCUGUCCAAGAAACAGGGGCCAUGGAUGGAGGAAGAAGAAGAAGCAUAUGGGUGGAUGGACUUUGGCCGGCGCAGUGCCGAGGAAAUGGACGAACGUCCCUAG